UGACAAAAAAUAAGAUGGGGAGUAUUUGUUUGCAUCGAACCCUAGUGUUGGGAAUUGGCACAGAUCACAAAACCACAUAAACAAAGAGUCCCACGUUCUCUUCGCAUUGACUCUCUCUCUCUCUCUCUUCCUCUUCACAGUGCCAAUGGCGGAUCCAAUCUUGAAGGCUCUGAUUGCGUUUGCGCUCUUAGCUUCUCUCUUCCUUUCCUCGCACGCUUCCUCCGAUGUUCCUUUCAUCGUCGUUCACAAGAAGGCCACCCUCAACAGGAUCAAGUCCGGUGCUGAAAGGGUUUCCGUCACCGUCGACAUCUACAACCAAGGAACCUCGACGGCUUAUGAUGUAAGUUUAGCAGACGAUAACUGGCCAAGUGAUGCUUUUGAUGUAAUCAGUGGAAGCACUUCUAAGUCAUGGGAAAGGCUUGAUGCUGGUGGCAUCCUUUCUCACACAUUUGAGCUGGAUGCAAAAACCAAAGGGGUAUUUUCUAGUGAUCCAGCUGUUGUAAAGUUCCGUGUUCCCACAAAGUCUGCUUUACAGGAAGCAUAUUCAACUCCCAUAAUUCCUUUGGAUGUUCUUGCUGAUAGACCUCCUGAGAAGAAGUUUGAAUGGGCUAAGAGGUUGCUGGCUAAGUACGGAUCUCUAAUCUCAGUGAUCUCCAUUGUGGUCCUGUUCGUUUACUUGGUAGCCACACCAUCAAAAUCCAGUGCAAAAGGAAGCAAGAAGAAGCGUUAAUCAUCAGCAAAUUAGUGCAUUUGCAUUCAGGGGCAUUUUGGAGGCUAGAUGGUGAUAUUCUGUCGACUGUCGUUGGUCAGUUUUUACCUGGUUGUUGGACUUUUUUGAAUGAAUGGUUAAAUGAGUUAGUGAGAGAACAAAUUAAUUUCUUUACGGCGUAGCCUGAACAGUUGUUUUCAGUUCUCACUGGACCCAUGUAUCUUAGUUAGUGAAAGUAUAUUUAAUGGUUACAUGAUUUCAUAGCUACUUUAGAUUCAAUAGCAUAUAUUAUGAUGAUCUUUAAGUUCGAUUCCAUGGUAA